AUGCGUUUAAUACGGCUGUUUAAGGACAAUAUUGUUUAUUCGUGUGGUGAAGAUCGCCGAAUAGUUAUGGUGGAUAUUCGAAACUCCAGUAAACCUGUUUCUGGAUUGUGGUCUGUGGACUAUGUACGCUCAGUUUGCUUCCGGAAUAAUCACCUCUUAUGUGGUACCCAUCUCGGUAUGAUAUCCAUCCUUGAUCCGCUCACCCUUAACGUGUGCUCACGAUUUCAGGUGUCAAAUGGUGUUCGUCAGGUGAUUCAUUCCGGUGGAUCUAUCUUGGAAAUCAGUCGAGACCGCACGUUUAAGGUAGGUUCUCAGCUUGUUAUUCAGCAAAAGCCUCUUGUUGAAGUUCUUGGGUUUUAUAACGAAAAAUGUUUUCCGCGUCUUGGUUUUUGA